AUGUCGUCCGGUGGUUCUCCCGGCAACCCGCUACUCCUGGUCUCGGUCUCUCCCGGCGAUGAAGAGAAAGAGAAGCUCAUCAAAGGAGACGAGAAAGAUAAGUUCUUUCGAGGCUCCGCCAUGACCAAGCGAGGCGCUUACGCUCCCAUCUCUUACAUGGCUUGUGCCGUGCUUCUUGUAAUGUUCAAUAAAGCGGCCCUCUCUUCUUACAGCUUUCCAAGUGCCAAUGUCAUAACACUCUUUCAGAUGAUAUCGUCUUGCUUGUUUCUGUACCUGUUAAGGAGAUCGAGGAUUAUAUCUUUCAGUGCAGCUGAGUCUAUGACUGCUUCUGAUAUAUAG